GGGCACAUGUUAAAAAAAAAUCUUAUGAGAGGGGACGGCAGAAAGUACAAGCCAAGGAAGAAGCAGUGAGGGGAAUAUCUGGAAAGAGACUUUAUGGGAACCCUGUUUGUAUCUUUCUCUUUUGCAGUUCUUGCAAGUAUUAAGAAAUAAUCUCCCAUCCUGUGACAGCUUCCAAAGUCUCGAGGAGGAACUGAAAACUAUACAACAGGAUCCAUAGACGUGUUAGGGCAAGAGGAUCUCAGCUUCAGUUUCCAGCAUCCUGAAAAGGCAAGGGAAUUUAUACCUUUGGAUUAUGCUCUUACAAACAAGGCUCAGAAGAUGAGAGGGUUUACUGCCCUAUUGGUGGCACUGCAUUCAUUAGCAUUUUAUCCUGAAAGAAGCUCAGCGCAACAAGCAAGGUGCGAGAAUGUCUAUGACUCGGAUAUUGUCUUCAUCGUCGAUGGUUCGUCCAGUAUUGGUCGGGCAAAUUUUCGGAUGAUCAAGACCUUUAUGGAAGGGGUGACCAUUCCCUUUAUAAAUGUUAUCAGCAGGGAAGGUGUACGUUUUGGCUUAGUGCAAUACAGUGAUGAUCCCAGAACAGAGUUUACAUUUACCACUCACCGGAAUGGGACAGAAGUGGUUCAAGCUCUCAGAAACCUGGGCUACAAAGGUGGAAACACAAGGACCGGUGCUGGGUUGAGAUAUGCCGGGGAUAAUUUCUUUGGACCUACAAUCAUCAGACCCAAUGUCCCUAAGGUUGCAGUUUUGAUAACAGAUGGAAAAUCUCAGGAUGAUAUAGACCCUCCAUCUCAAAGACUUAAAAAUCAAGGCAUCAAAGUGUUUGCUGUGGGAAUUAAGAAUGCAGAUAGUCGGGAGUUGACCCGAGUGGCAUCCACUCCAACUGAAGAUUUCUUCUUCUACGUCAAUGACUUCAGAAUCCUUAGCACCUUGCUCCCCGUGGUGACUCGGAAAGUUUGCACCAGCACUGGUGGUGUUUUGAUUACUGAUUCCACUUCCCAGACUUACACAGGACCCUCCAACCUGGUUUUCUCUGAUCAGACAGCCAACUCCAUGCGAAUCCAAUGGGCUGCAGCAACUGGCCCAGUUACUGGCUAUAAAGUCCUGUACGUUCCUCUCACAGGUCUGGGGCAGCAGAUUCCAUCAGAGCUGAGAGAAAUCACUUUUACUGCAGGACAGACUGCCGCCGUGCUGCAGGGUCUGAGAGCUGGGACUGAAUAUUUAGUCACUGUUACAGCUUUGUACGCUAACAGCAUUGGGGACUCUGUGUCUGGCAGAGGAAGGACAGUGAGUCCUCUUGGCAUAUCCAACUUCCGCAUAGUGGAGUCCGGUCCCUCCUUUCUAAGACUGGCAUGGACCCCUGCUGGAACUGAAUCCCCAGUGGGCUACCGGCUUACCUACGCUAUAAGAGGUGACAGUCGGACAGCAGAGAGGACCUUGGGUGCCGGAGCCACAUCAGAUACUGUCAGUGGCCUAAAACCUGACACUGAAUAUGUUCUCAUUCUGUACCCUCGUUACCAGAGUCAGACUGGAAAUCCUGUUACAAUUACUGGCCGUACUCAGCGAAUUGAAGGGGUUGUGCAGCUCUCCCUGCAGGAUGUUACGUCGCAGAGCAUGACUGCAACGUGGAAUAGGGUCAGUGGCGCCACUGGAUAUCGUAUUUCAUGGGUGUCACAGUCAGGUGAAGAUGCAAAGGAUUUUGACGUGGAUGCCAAUACAAAUUCAUUCUUUUUACAAAACCUCCUGCCCAACACUGAGUAUACUGUGUCUGUAAACCCAUUGUAUGGAUCAACAGAAGGUCCAGCUGCAUCAACCAGAGUUAAAACAGAUUCAGGAAUAGUCCAGGUUUUAAGAACAUUGGCAGACAGCCCCACAUCAAUUCAAGUGACAUGGAACAUCAUUCCAGAAGCGACUGGGUAUAGGCUGGAAUGGAGACGAGGUAGAGGUGGCGGCAAGGCUCCUCAGGUGGUAAAUUUCCCUACCGGCAUCAACAGACACACCAUUACAGGCCUGAGGCCAGGAACGGAAUAUCAGAUCACUCUCUUUACUCUGUAUGAUGGGAGAGAGGUGGCAACCCAAGCAACUACAUCAGACACAGAAACAGAACCUCCAGUUGGCAUUGUCACAAACCUGAGGGUGAUAGAGGCAGUGGGCAGAAGAGUGCGGUUGGCGUGGACUGGAGUUUCAGCAGCUACAGAAUACAGAGUUGUAAUCCGCAGUGCUGAUGGAACAUUUGAGAGAACAAGGCGCAUCCCAGGAACCCAGAACACAAUUGAAAUUGACGGCCUACAGGACGGUGUAUCCUACAAUCUGUUGGUAUCUGCACUUGUUGGCAGACGAGAGGGCACAGCAGUACCUAUCAGCGUCCGAAUAGAAUCUUCCGUUGUUGGCUCUGUAACCAAUCUGCGUGUGCUGGACAUUAGAAGGGGACGUAUUCGUCUUUCCUGGACUGGAGUUCCAGGAGCCACUGAAUAUCGGAUACUCAUCAGGAACUCAGAGGAUGGUACUGAGGAGACUCAAGUGAUCUCAGGGGAUGAAACUGUAUACGAGCUGAGGGAUGUACAAGAGGGCAUCACUUACGUUGUACGUGUAACUGCAGUUGUGGAUACAAGAGAAGGAAAUCCAGUGACAAUCAAUGUCAGGACAGAGUCAGCAGUGGGUGGAGUUACAGACCUUCGAGUGCUGGAGAGAGGAGCCAACCGCCUGCGCAUUGCAUGGACUAGCAUUGCUCGAGCAACUGGAUACCGGGUCACCUGGAGACAAGCUGAUGGUCGUCAACUGACCAGGACCCUGCCUGCCGAUGUGACAUCUUUUUACAUUGAAGGUUUGCAGGCCAACUCUAUCUAUGCAAUUGGUGUAUCAGCCCUGGUUGGUACUUCAGAAGGCAGCCCUGUGACUAUCACAGCACAGACAGAAGAUGACUCUGUGAGUGAAGUUACCAAUCUGAGAGUUGUGAGCACUGGAGAAACCACAAUCAGAAUCGCAUGGAGCCCCAUUCCAAGGGCCACUAGUUACAGGAUCACUUGGAGACGUAGUGAUGGUGCUGAAGUUUCGCAAAUAGUAACAAGAGACAUCACUUCGGUGGAUAUCCCUGAUUUAAAUCCUGGCACUCCAUAUACUGUUUUUGUGUCAGCGAUUAUUGGCAACAGGGAGAGUAACCCAGUUGCCAUCACUGCUCAAACAGCGCUGGAGCAGGUUGGAAGUGUAACCAGUCUACAAGUUCUUGAAAGGAACAACAUUGUACGUGUGACCUGGGUGGGAGUACAAGGAGCUACAUCCUACAAGGUUUCCUGGAUCCCCGUAGAUGGUGGCCCAGAGCAAUCUAGGGAAGUGCCUGGUAACAUCAAUACAUUUGAACUGAUAAAUGUGAGACCAGGAGUGAAGUACACAGUGAAAGUUACAGCACUUAUAGGCACUCGACAAGGACAACCUGUCACUGCCAGUGCCAAAACACUGGAAGUUCCCUCUGUAACCCCAGUAAGAGACCUCCGUGUGACCGAUGUAUCACAGCAGCGCAUAAGACUGAGUUGGACCACUGUUCCUGGGAGCACCGGGUACCGGAUCUACUGGAGAAGAUCUGAUGGGGGUCCAGAAACAAGUCGUCUGGUAUCAAGCGAGGAGAGAUAUAUUGAUGUCGACAAUUUACAAGUUGGUGGGAGAUAUGAAUUUCGUGCAGUAGCUUUGUUUGGCAAUCGGGAAAGUGAAGCUGUUUCAGUCUUUGCUAACACUGCAUGUGGAACUGGCCGGACAGAUGUCGUCUUCUUGGUCCAUGCAACCCAGGAUAAUGCAUACAAUGAGGAGGGUGUGAAAAAUUUCCUUUCCAAGGUGAUGUCUUCUAUUGGACAGCUGGGGCCUGAUGCCACCCAGGUUGGUCUCAGUUCUUACAGCUUUAGGGCAAGACCUUGGAUCCUUUUGAAUCGUUCUAGUGAUCUAAGCACAGUCCUACAACAAAUUCGGGCUAUUCCUUUUGAAGAGCCAAGUGGAACCUCAAUAGGUGCUGCCAUAAACUUUGCAAAGAACUACAUGUUUACAACAAGCUAUGGAAGACGAAAUAAUGUCCCUGGAAUAUUGGUUGUGUUGGCGGAUGGACCCUCGGGAGAUGAUGUGUCAGAACCAGCAAGAGUCAUUAAAGAUGCAGGGUUUAAAGUUCUGGCAGUUGGGAUGGACGGCGCAGAUCAGGAGCAGUUACGGCGAAUAGUCUCCAGACAAAGCCCUCGGAAUGUUUUUUUCACUAGGGAUUCUGGCAAUCUUAAUAGCCUUGUGGACAGCCUUACAGGAGCAAUUUGCAUUAUAACCCCAGUGGAAGAGCCUUGUACAGUUCAGUGUCCACAGGGUGAAAAGGGACAGAAAGGAGAACUGGGUAGUUCUGGACGUACGGGGUCAACUGGACCUGCUGGAGAGCCGGGACGCAGUGGCAUUCCAGGUCCACCUGGUCCUGUUGGUCCUCGUGGUCCCCCAGGGGAGGGCACAGCUUCAAGGGGACAGAAAGGAGAAACUGGAGAUCCAGGUGCUGAUGGUAUCCCUGGAAGUCCGGGCCGUCCUGGAAACCCUGGCACUCCAGGCUCUCUAGGGAGUAAAGGCUCACAAGGAGAGAGAGGAGAUCAAGGAGAAAGAGGAUCUUCAGGACCAGCUGGUCCAAAAGGAGAAAAGGGAGUCCAGGGUGAACCAGGGGAAGUUAUAAAUGGUGGUGGUGGAAUUCCCGGAAGAAAAGGAGAGGCAGGAAUUCCAGGAAUUCCGGGCCAGCCAGGAACCCCAGGACAAAGAGGAAUCCCUGGAACCCCAGGAUCCCCUGGACCAGAAGGACCAAGUGGUUCUUCAGGACUCCCAGGGCAAUCUAUCAAGGGAGAGAAAGGAGACCGAGGUGAGAGAGGUCUCCCAGGAUUGGUCAAUGGGGUUGGUGUCAAAGGUGAACCAGGAAGCCCUGGAUCACCUGGUGCUCAAGGUCCAGGAGGCCCUCGAGGUCUAUCAGGCCUUCCAGGGCAAAAGGGAGAAAAGGGUGAAGCUGGAGAAGGCUUUCCGGGUGCUGCAGGGAGGACCGGAGAUCCAGGAGACCGAGGACCCAGAGGGCCACCUGGUGAACAAGGUGCCAAAGGUGACCGUGGGACACCUGGCCAGGAUGGGGAACGUGGGGAAAAGGGUGAACGUGGACCUCCUGGAUUUCAAGGUUUGAAGGGCAGUCCAGGACAAAAUGGGUUGCCUGGUCCAUCAGGACCCACGGGUCCUGCAGGCGGAUUGGGAACACGAGGUGACAAGGGAGAUCAAGGUGCUCCUGGGGAACCUGGGAAAUCAGCUUUGGGUCUUCCAGGAAGUAAAGGCGAUAAGGGAGAUCGAGGUCCAACCGGACCAGAAGGAUCAAAAGGCUCAAGAGGAGAUCAAGGAGAGAAAGGCGAAAGAGGUCCAUCAGGAUUUGGAAUCCCUGGGCAGCCUGGAGCAAAGGGAGAACCAGGAGAAAGGGGAAACCUUGGCCUUGCUGGAAAGACAGGACAAAAGGGAGAACCUGGUGAAUCAGGGCAGAAUGGGGAGCCUGGAAAAACUGGAGCACCAGGGCAGAUAGGUCUUCGUGGCAAAGAAGGAGAGCGCGGAGAAAAAGGAGAUGAAGGAACACCGGGUGAAUCUGGAAUCCCAGGAAAGAAUGGAGAACGAGGGCUAAGGGGUCUUCCAGGACAAAGAGGCCUUCCAGGAGAAAAGGGGGAUGCUGGGGAUCCAGGGGAGUCUGGAAGGAAUGGGAGCCCUGGAGCCCCUGGCACUAAAGGUGACCGUGGAGAUCCAGGAACACAAGGUCCACAAGGACCACAAGGAAAACCAGGCACCGUGGAAUCUGUGGUUGCUGGAGCAAAGGGAGACAAGGGUGAUGAUGGUGACCCUGGUGAGCAUGGCAUGAAAGGUGCAAAGGGAGAAGCUGGUGCAAAUGGAGUUCCAGGAGAAAGGGGAUUAGAAGGACUAAGGGGCCCUGCAGGACCUCGGGGAGAGACAGGGGAUCGUGGGGCACCAGGUGAAAAGGGAGAACGUGGCGCUCCAGGCAUUGAUGGAAGGAAUGGUUUGGAUGGGAAACCAGGACAGCCAGGCACUCCAGGCCAGAGAGGAGAUGCUGGCAAGCAAGGUGAUCCUGGAAGAGAUGGUCUACCUGGGCUUAGAGGAGAUCAGGGCCCCCUUGGACCAAUUGGCCCUGUUGGACCACCUGGAAUACCUGGUAAACAAGGAGAAGAUGGAAAACCUGGCCUCAACGGUAAAAAUGGGGAAGAUGGAAAUCCUGGGGAAGAUGGAAGAAAGGGGGACAAAGGAGAUGUGGGUCCUGCUGGCCGAGACGGCCGUGAUGGUCAAAAAGGAACACAAGGAGAACCAGGUUCAGUAGGCCCUUCUGGGCCACCAGGUGUCCCAGGAAAUCCAGGGCCCAUUGGUCCUCCAGGCCAGGGAAUACCUGGACUAGCUGGUCAACCUGGAUCAAAGGGUGAUCGAGGGGAACAAGGUGCCAAGGGUGAACAGGGUAGACCGGGUGAAAUGGGAACUAAAGGAGACCCUGGAAGUGCUGCUAAUGUUGAAAAGUCCCUUGGCAUUUUUGGAAUAAAGAUUUCCUCAUUGAAAGAUCUCAUUGACACCUUUGAUGAUGGCUCAGGACGCCCCAUCUCCACACAGAUGAAGCUAAAAGGGGAAACAGGUCCUCCGGGUGACAAAGGUGCCCCAGGAAGAGAUGGAACAGUUGGUUUUCCUGGAGAAAGAGGACAGAAAGGAGAAAAGGGAGACCUGGGACCUGCUGGGCCCCAAGGGCCACCAGGACGGGCUAUUGGGGAGAGAGGCCCUGAAGGUCCACCUGGAAAAACUGGGGAUCCAGGCAAACCUGGGAUUCCUGGAAUACCUGGGAAGGCAGGAGAAUCUGGAGAACAAGGGAAACCUGGAGAGAAAGGAGAUAAAGGAGAACGGGGUGAACGAGGUGACAAUGGUAAAGAUGGUCCCAGGGGAUCAGUUGGACCACCAGGACCAAAGGGGGAAGUUGUAGAAAUUAUUGCAACUGGAUUGCCUGGGGAGAGAGGAUUAACAGGUCCAAGAGGUGUCAAGGGUGAUCCAGGUGCAGAUGGAGAAAAAGGAGCCAAAGGAGAUAAGGGGGUAGAUGGACCAAAAGGAGAUAGAGGUGACACUGGUGAAAAGGGCAGAGAUGGAGCUCCGGGACCCGUAGGAGAGAGAGGACUGGCAGGGCCAGAAGGAAAGCCGGGUUUGCCUGGCUUCCCCGGAGUGCUCGGAAGACCGGGAAACCCAGGAGAGCCGGGUCAGCAAGGUCCCCCAGGAAUUCAGGGUUCCCCUGGAAUAAAGGGCAGCUCAGGAGAACCAGGGCCCAGCAUACGGGGACAACCUGGUCCUCAAGGGAUUUCCGGACCUCCUGGAUUACCUGGUCCACCAGGCCUUAUGGGACCUCAGGGGCCUCCUGGUGUUCAAGGACUAUCGGGUGAAUCAGGGAAGCCUGGGGUCCCAGGAAGAGAUGGUUCACCAGGCAAAAAUGGGGAACUUGGUCUACCAGGAAAAAUGGGUAUGCCGGGCCCCCAGGGUCCUGUAGGAAUCAAAGGAGAAGCAGGAGAUUCAGGAACUCCAGGGGAAUUUGUUGUUGGCACCCCUGGAGCAAAAGGAGAUAAGGGGGCUCCCGGGGACCAAGCAGGAGGAAUACCAGGAGAACCUGGGACAAAAGGAGACAGAGGACUUCCAGGCCCAAGAGGGGAGAAGGGGGAAGUUGGAAGAAAAGGAGACACCGGUGAUCCAGGAGAAGAUGGUUCCAAAGGAUCUUCUGGUCCCAGAGGUGAAAAGGGGGAGACUGGAGUUGGGCUACCCGGACCGGCUGGACAAACUGGACCACCUGGCUUGAAGGGAGAUGUUGGUUUGCCUGGGCCCCCUGGACCUCCUGGCUUGCAAGGCAUUGCAGGGAUACCCGGUCAGCCAGGAUUAAGAGGAGAAGUUGGACAGCCAGGUCCCCUUGGCCAACCAGGGGAAAGGGGUUUGCAGGGAUUUGCAGGGAGAGAAGGCAAUGUGGGACCACAAGGUCCACCUGGAGCAUCUGGAGCAAUGGGCCCUGCAGGACCAUCGGGAGUAAAAGGUGAUAAGGGUGAUUCAGGAAUUGGCCAGUUAGGCCCUAGAGGAGAAAGAGGUGAUCCAGGUCCAAGGGGAGAGGAUGGUCGACCAGGGCUAGAAGGAGACCGUGGUCCACUGGGUCUUCCUGGAAAUAGAGGAGAACGAGGAGACAAGGGUGACCCAGGUCCGUUGGGAACAAAAGGAGACAAGGGAGAAACACUAACUAUUGAGGGACCUUCUGGGCCAAGGGGAAAUAAAGGAGAGAUGGGGGAUCGAGGCAUAAAAGGUUCAGAGGGGGAAAAGGGAGACAAAGGAGAUCAAGGUCUGCAUGGAGAAAAGGGAGUCAAAGGUGAACAAGGAGACAAAGGUGCCACCGGCUUUGUAGGGGCUCGUGGUCCCGGUGGGCAAAAAGGAGAAACUGGUGCAUUUGGGGAACCAGGAGAGUCUGGUAUGCCAGGCAAGGAUGGGAUCCCAGGAAUGCGAGGAGAAAAAGGAGAACCUGGAAUCUUUGGGCUGAAGGGCAUAAAGGGAGAUCGUGGUAUGAAAGGAAUCUGUGGGCAAGAUGGCGAAAAAGGAGAUAAGGGUGACACUGGAAUGCCUGGACGCCAUGGACUACCAGGAAGGAAAGGAGAUUCUGGGGAAUCAGGAAUCCCAGGACAUCCAGGCCUGCCUGGAAAGGAAGGACUUGUUGGAGCUAAGGGUGACAGAGGCAUGGAAGGAUUGCAGGGAGCAAAAGGAGACCAAGGAGAAAAAGGGGACAGGGGUUCUGUUGGAAUGGUUGGUCUUGCUGGCCCUAGAGGAGUUGAUGGAUUAGCAGGGCCUCCAGGUCCCAUAGGCCCUGCUGGUUCAAAGGGUCCAGAAGGUCUUCAGGGACAGAAGGGUGAGAGAGGCCCUCCUGGGGAAUCAACUAUUGGACCACGGGGAAUCCCAGGAAUUCCAGGAGAACGUGGAGAACAGGGUAUGAUUGGCACAGAUGGUACAAAAGGAGAAAAGGGGAGUCCAGGCAUGGUGGAAGAAGAAGUUCGAAAUUUUGUCAGGCAGGAAAUGAGCCAUCACUGCGCCUGUGGAGGUUUUCUUUCCAACUAUCCAUCUCCCCCAUCAUAUCCAUCUAACCCACGUCUUGUCCCAGUCCCAGCCCUAAAGUUCUCUCAUAUUGAAGAAGAUGAUGGAAAGGAGCUUAAGGUGGUGGUUAACACCAAUGAUCCUGAAUAUGAACAUGUAUACACAGUGGAGGAUUACAAGGAAGACUUAGAUGAGGAUGGAACGGAGAGUUCUCUGUUAGCUGAUGACGUGACCAUACCAACUGAACCAGAUACAAAUGAGAGAAGGAAAAGAGAUGUAGCUAAUCAAGAUAUAUGCACUUUCCCUAUGGAGGAGGGAGACUGUGCCAAAUACACCUUGAAAUGGUAUUAUAACCAUGUAGUUGGAGAAUGUCGCCCAUUUGUUUACAGUGGCUGCGGUGGAAACCUCAAUCGAUUUGAUGAGAAGGAACAAUGUGAGCAGCGAUGUGAUCACAGGAAAGCUGCAGCUAAAACACAGCAAAUCGGAAGCUAAGAAACCCUGCAAAUCAAGAGAAAACUGAUGUACAUUGUAAUUUUUGUAUGAUUUGCCAAGUUAGUAAAAACAAUGCAAUCUGCAGGGUCAACCGGGAAAGACCAUUGUGUUCCUGUGCUGUUACGUCUGGGAAAUGUUUGUGUAUUUUAUAAUAUUAAUAUAAUUCUGACAGCUGUUACUUGUUAUACAUGGUGCAUAAUAGUUUUUCUGUAGAAGAUAAAUGGUGCUAUUUUUUAUCCCACGUCCAAAGUGAAAUUUUUAUCUAGCGAAAUAAGUUAAUUCUAGCAAAUAUUUAAAGGUGUUCGGCUAAUAUCUAGCAAUGCAUUACUGGAACCUCAAACCGUGGCCAAGCUGUGUCUGUUUUGCACACAUUUUGUUAUCGGUCAGGAUCCCCAGUGCGCUCACUAUACUCCUGACCCCCCUCAGCUUCAUUUGGGUCUUUGGUCUCUAAUGUUCCAUCUCUACAUUUAUGGUUAAUUAACCCUAUAAUAAUCACAGACUCUCAGUCCAUAUCAACUCUUCAACCACCUACUUGUUGAGGUUAUACAAUUCAGGUCUAUCAAUUCAAACCAUUCAGUUGUUCGUUUAUCCUAAUCUGGGGUAAAAUAAACUUCUUCCUGUGCAAAGUGUGCAAAUCCGUUUUUCACAACUACAUUCUUUCCUAUGGAAAUAUGGACCAAUAACUGUGAUGAGUUGCUGCCACUUCUUCUGGUUGGUGGAAAGAACACUAAAGGGUGCAGAGAUAUUCAACUGACCAAUUGACUGGAGUGAGCAAGUCUGGCCCUGCACUAUUCACAUAUAUGCACGACAUUCCAACGUCCUUGCGCUUUUGUGUAAAUUCCACCCAUUUUGAGUCUGUGAUUUGAGCUAGUGCCACCAAAACCGAGAUGUUUGUAAAAAAAUGCCAAAACAGCUCUGGAAUCCUAUUAGCACAUGACUUUCUCAACUUUUUUUAUUUUAUACUUUAGCUACGUAACAUGAGUUCUGUAGCACAUCAAUGACCGAAAACAAUUUCAUUUAACAAGAAUUUGCCUCACCAUCAGUUAUAGGUGUUGAGGUCUGCAAGCAGAAGCUGUUCCAAAGCUCUGAGUGUUAUGUUUGUAUGUAAAUAUACAUUAUAUACAUUUAUAUUGCUUUAUACUGAAGUCAGGGUCUAUCAAUAUGGUGCUAAUGUUAACUCCUGCCAAGGAUAUUACUUCUGACUAUGUAACCAAUGGUUGCCAAGCUAUUUCUGUUUUACCUGAGAGCAUAGGCCAGCCACACUGCAGUCUCAUUGGCUCAAGUCACAGGACAGCUUACCCACAUUAACAUCAUUGACCAUUGUUAAUUAAUGUAUAUUGGAAAGUUGCUUACAUUUGCAUGUUCUUUAAUUAUGCAAAAUAGACGUUGGGUUGUUGGGUGAACAUCACCUUUAAACACAGGUUGUUUCAUUAUAAUUAUUAUUCUAGCAAAGAUAUUCUUACUUACAGGUCUGUUAGGAUUUAGUUACAAAUAGGGAUGAAACCACUGAUCUUCAGACAAGAUAAUAUAAUCAUGAACUAUAUCCAGACAAGUGAAUUCAAGAAAUUGAGUUCCUGCCAGGAUCUACAGCUAGUUUGUCAUGUUAAAUGAUAGUCAUGUGACUGUGUGUUUCCUUCCAAGGCCUCAGUUUAUAAUCCUAAAAUUGUGCCCCAUCCAUGGAGAACUUGCUCCUAUUUAGUUUCAGUGUAGGCUGCACCAUAGGCAGGUGGAUAGUCCAGGGUUCUCCUGCAUCUCACUGUCUAGCUUGUAUGUCUAAAUGGCACUCAAGCUUGGGGGUAUCCAAAGGGAUGCCACAUGCUGCCCAACACUUUUGCAUACAGCUCAGCCAAAGGUAGGCACAAUGUAUUCAUAGAGUGGUGUGGCUCUUUUCACUUCACUCUGGGAGCAGAAAGAACUGUGCUUGAGAUGUAAACCAUAGAGUAGAGUGUAUAGUGCAAAGAACAUAGCAUUUAGUGGCCGUUUUUUUAUACUGAGCACCCUAUCCUGUGGUUUGGCCUGAAAAAGCCAUUUUUCCUGUUAUUUAUACAACUUUAGCAUAGAGAGGCCAUGACAGGUAAAGGAAACAAAACAUGCUAGCGGAAACUGGAAUGCUUUGUGAUCUGGAGCUCUUCUAGUAAAACAGAAAUAUCCUAAUAAUGUUUUCACUGUUCUGUAGAAAGAUAAGUAUUAGGAUGGCCUUGCUUCGGAAGUACUACUGUGUGCUUUUUUCAUCUUCAGUCCUGCACUUAGGUUGUUCUGUUUUUUUUAAGAAUAAAAGAAGUUUAUUUAAA